CAAGCGUUUCACAACAAUCUCCUCCUCCACAAAAAAAUCAUCAUGAAGGCUUUCAUUACUUUGGCUGUUGUUUGCUUGGUUGCCUCCGCUUUGGCUAAUCCCCUUGAAUUGUCCGAAGAACAAAAGGCCAAGGCUAAGGUCUACAUCGAAGAAUGUGCCAAACAGGAAAAUGUUCCCGAAGAAGAUGUUAUGAAAUUCCGCAACAAGGAUGUUGAAAAUCCCUCCAAGGCUUUCAAAUGUUUGGGAACAUGUUUCUUUGAACGUGCCGGUACCUUGAAAAAUGAUGAACUCCAAGACGAUGUUGUCAUUGCUAAAUUGGGCGCUUUGGUUGGUGAGGAAAAGGCCAAGACUGUUUUGGAAAAAUGCAAGGGCAUCAAGGCUGAAGAUCGUUGUGAAACCGGUUACAAGACCUUCCAAUGUUUCCAUUCCUUCAAGGCUGCUUUUUAAAUGCGAAUUUUA